CCGGUCACCCCGGAAGUGUCGUGAGCGAAGGAUUCGGACAGCAAGAUCGUCUGUAUGCAGUCGGGGUAGAGUCGCACGAUGGGAUGCGACAGACAACGACAUUCUUGAGGAAGGAAUCGUACAAAAAGUUGCAGUAGUUUUUUCCGGGUUUUACCAUGACCAGUUACGAGCCUUACGACUACCCCACGUCUGCCGACACGAUCCUGGGACGACUGCGACCGAGGACUGCGACCAGUUCCCGAACUAGCAGCGCCCUUUCGCACAGACAGGAGAGAGACAGUAACAAAGCCAUCGCUGCAGUCGGCGUGGCCAACAGGAUAAAGUCAGCCUCGCACCUCAAACCUCGACAGGAAAGGACACCGACCUCUCCCGGCCCCUCAAGUUCACGACUAGCGACCUCACCGACCUCACCUGGAACCUCAAGGUCAAGGCCAAGUACAGGGGUCAAAAGUCAGGUCCAGUACUGGAACAAAGGUCAAAGGUGGCAGACCACAGCAUGGGAUCACUUCACCUCACCAAGUAAAGAAACUACUGCUAGUAGGAGUACUACUAGUAGUGCUAAGAAGUCUGAAGAUGGGACAACAAGGAAAGGUCAAAGGUUAAAGGGUAAGAGGUCAAAGAAGAGGUCAUCCCCCAGGGUGCCAAGCCCCACCCACAGCCACGGGUCCUCACCCAGGGGCAUCCUGCGGAGAUCAAGCUCGGCAAGGUCAUCAGGGCGGGGCAGCAGACUGUCUGUCAGAACACCUGAGGAGGAGAAGGAAGGAGAGAAGGAAGAGAAGGAAGAGGAUAAACAAGAAGUGCCCAUCCCUUUUUGUAAAGCUGAUGAUGGGAGUGACACGGACUGGGUGGUACCCAGGAAGAGGAGGAGCCCCUCCCCCCGCCGUCCCUCCACCUCACACACUCACCACACCUUCUCCGACAUCUUAGACAUCACAGCCUCCGACGAAGACUUCGACACUGACUUGGAGGAAGACUUUGCCCCACCUCCUGAGAAGCCAUACGACCCAACAGGAAUGCACCUGUAUAAAGAGCAGUGUAAAAAUGAUGGUGUUGUCCCAGCUUCGUACCUGAUGAAGCACCUGGGAGAUGAGCACCUGGUGAUGAGGCAUCACUACCUGGGGGAGAGGGGCUGGAGACCACUGGCCGCUGCACUCAGGAAAAAUGUCUGUGUGAGGCACCUGGACCUGGUGGAUAACCAUCUGGGUGUGGAGGGGGCCGUGGCCAUCGCUGGGGCGGUCAAGGACAGCUCAUACAUAGCUGAAAUGAAUCUAUCUGAGAACUUUCUGGGCCAUGGUGGAAGUGCCAUUGCCAGCAUGUUAGAGACCAAUUCUGACUUGAAGACACUAAUAUUGAGAGCUAACCAGUUAGGUGACCACGAAGCCAAGACCUUUGCAGAAGCCCUGAAGUCCAACCUGACCAUGACAACCCUGGACCUCAGUCAGAACAAGUUUGGAGAGCUAGGAGGCAUUUUCCUGGGAGCUGGCAUUGGUGCCAACGGAGGCUUGAACUGUCUGAACCUGAGCUGGAACCAUCUGAGAUUGAAGGGAGGUGUGGCCAUCGCCAUGGGGAUUAAGGUGAACCAGAGUCUAGAAGUUCUGGACCUGUCGUGGAAUGGCCUGGGUGAUUUGGGAGCCACUGCGUUUGGGAAGGCACUCAGGUUCAACAAGACACUCAGGAUGCUGGACCUCAGUAACAACAGGAUCACUGUGGAGGGAGCCAAGAAACUCAGCCUGGGGCUGGCCAAGAACGAAGGGCUGGAAACUCUCAUGUUGGGCACCAAUGCCAUCGGUGAUGAGGGAGUGAAGGCCUUGCUGAAGGUUCUGGAGAAGAAGAACACGACCCUGAAGGUCCUGGGACUACAGGACAUCACAGUGACUAAGGAGGUGUACAAGUCCAUCAGAGAACUGGAGGACAUCAGAGGCAUCCAGAUUAUACAUGGGGGACUCGGGGGGUACGAGAAGAUCAAAUAUGUGCCUCCUCCCAGUGCCAUGUCCAUCCUGGACACAUUUGUGCAGGAGAACCGGCUGCGGAUGAUUGACAUGUUCCGACAGUUUGACAAGGACCAGAGCGGAGACAUCUCAGCCGAGGAGUUCAAGGCCGGCCUCAAGGAGCUGGGGCUGGUGGUGGAUGAGGACCAGUUGGAUGAGAUGAUCACCCAGCUUGAUACUGACAAGAACGGCAGGAUAGACUACCAAGAGCUGAUGACAGGGAGAGUCAUCUUCCGCACAGAGCAGAGGUACAAAGCCAGGAAAGCGGCCAGGGCAGAGAGACGGGAGAAAGAACGAGAGCGACACCAGCUACAGGUCCCUAUACCGGAGCUCAGGGGUCUCUCACUGUAGCCUCCAAGCAGAUCC